AUGCGAAGUCACGGCCUCGUUCCUGGUCUGCCUCUUUGGAAUCGGCUUCUUCAUCAUUUCAAUGUCUCUGGUUUGGCUUCUCAGGUAUCCCUUCUUUACUCUGAGAUGCUCUCCUGUGGGGUUGUGCCUAAUGUUUUCACCCGCAACAUAAUGAUUCACUCUCUCUGCAAAGUUGGAAACUUGAGUUUGGCACUGCAUUUGUUGAGAAAUAAUCAAAUUGAUACUGUUUCCUAUAAUACUCUCAUUUGGGGGUUCUCCCAACAAGGAUGCCCUCAUCAAGCUUUUGGGUUUUUGUCUCAAAUGGUGCAGAGGGCUAUAUAUAUAGAUUCUUAUACUUGCAAUUUACUAGUUAACGGGUUUUGUGGGGUUGGCUUAGUAGAGUAUGCAGAAUGGGUUAUGGAUAAUUUUGUUGGUGGUGGAAUUACUCGGGAUGUUGUAGGUUUUAACACCUUGAUUGCUGCAUAUUGCAAAGCUGGACAAGUUAGCCGUGCACUCGAGUUGAUUGAGAAAAUGGAGAGGGAUGGUCUUGUUCCUGAUACUGUUACUUAUAAUGCUCUUGUUCAUGGGUUUUGUAAUGUGGGGGAUUUUUUAAAAGCCAAGAAUACAAUACAUCAAAUGUUGAGAUCUCAAGGAAAUGAAAAUGGCCCUCAUAAUGAUAGAGACCAUGAUCAGAACUGGAUUGGCAGUAUGAAUCUUAAACCAAAUGUCAUAACUAUAACCACUCUCAUUAGUGCUUACAAUAAGCAACAAGGGCUUGAAGAGGCUCUUUCUCUAUAUGAGGAAAUGGUUAUGAACGGCAUUUUCCCGGAUGUUGUCACAUAUAGCUCCAUUAUAUAUGGUCUUUGCAAGCAUGGGAAGCUGUCAGAAGCCAAAGUUCUCUUAAAAGAGAUAGAGAAAAUGGGUGUAAAUCCUAAUAAUGUCUCCUACACUACCGUUGUGGAUUCUUUGUUUAAGGCAGGUUCUCCCAGGGAAGCUCUUGUCCUUCAAAGCCAAAUGGUGGUUCGCGGCCUGGUUUUUGAUUUAGUAAUUUGCACUGCUUUAAUGGCUGGACUCUUUAAGGUUGGAAAACUCAGUGAGGGAAAGGACCUGUUUCAAAAAAUAUCAAAGCUCAGCUUAGUUCCAAACUGUAUCACCUAUUCUGCUUUGAUAGAUGGGCAUUGUAAUUCAGGAGACAUGGGCAGUGCAGAAGCGAUACUCAGAGAAAUGGAGAAGAAACAUGUUUUCCCGAAUAUUAUCACUUAUUCUUCUCUCAUAAAGGGUUAUAUGAAGAAAGGAAUGAUUGAUGAUGCUGUUGGUUUAUUGAGGAAGAUGGUGCAAAAAAAUGUGUUGCCAAAUGUUUUUGUGUAUGCAAUACUAAUUGAUGGGUGUUUUAAGGCAGGUAAACAAGAAGUUGCCCUUGAUCUUUACAAUGAAAUGAAAAUUAGAGGAUUGGAGGAUAACCAUUUCAUAUUUGACGCUUUUGUGAACAACAUGAAAAAGUGUGGGAGCAUGGAAGAAGCUGAGGGAUUAAUUAUGGAUAUGACUUCUGAGGGCUUGUUUCUUGACCGUGUUAACUACACGUCUCUGAUGGAUGGCUUCUUUAAAGUGGGAAAAGAGUCAAUUGCUCUUAAUUUGUUCCAAGAAAUGGCGGAAAAAGAUAUAGGGUUUGAUGUUGUUUCAUACAAUGUCUUGAUAAAUGGUCUGUUGCGGCUUGGGAAAUAUGAAGUAAAAUCUGUCUAUACUGGAAUGAGAGAGUUGGGAGUGUCUCCUGACUGUGUCACGUACAAUACCCUAAUUAUUGCGUCCUGCAGAGAGGGUGACCCUGUAAAUGCUUUUGAACUUUGGAAUGAGAUGAAAGGUCAAGGGUUAAUUUUAAAUUCAUUCACUUGUAACAUUCUGAUAGGUGGCCUUUGUAAAGAAGAGAAGAUUGAGAAAGCAAUGGAUGUCUUAAAUGAAAUGGUAGCUGUGGGUUCUCUCCCUACCUCAGUUACUCAUAGGCUUCUGCUUGAUGCUUCUUCAAAAACUAGAAGAGCUGAUGCAAUUUUGCAAAUGCAUCAGAAUCUUGUAAAUAUGGGGCUUGACCUCAAUCUUGAUGUUUACAAUAAUCUCAUUACUGUCUUAUGUAGGCUAGGAAUGACCAGGAAGGCCACUACAGUAUUAGAAGAGAUGAGUGGAAGAGGACUUUUAGCAGAUACUAUUACUUACAAUGCCCUAAUACGUGGAUAUGGUAUAAGCAGCCAUCUGAAAAGGGCUUUUGCUACACACUCAAAGAUGCUCGCUGAGGGAGUUUCUCCAAAUAUUGAAACGUACAAUAUUCUUUUAGGGGUCCUUUCAGGUGCUGGUUUGAUGAAAAAGGCAGAUGAAUUAUUUAGUGAAAUGAAGAAUAGAGGCUUUAUUCCUAAUGCUUCCACAUAUGAUAUAUUGGUUUCUGGCUAUGGUAAGAUUGGAAAUAAGAAGGAAGCCAUAAGGCGUUAUUGUGAGAUGGUAAGCAAAGGUUUUGUUCCCAAUACUGGAACCUACAAUGUGCUUAUUAGUGAUUUCGCUAAGGUGGGAAAGAUGAGCCAAGCUAGGGAACUUAUGAAUGAGAUGCAGGGAAGGGGUGCCUGUCCUAAUUCUUCAACUUACAGCAUACUAAUCUCUGGCUGGUGUAAGCUAUCAAAGCAGCCAGAGGUGGAGAAGAAGUUUCGGAAGUCAUACCGAGCUGAGGCAAAGAGAUUAUUAAUAGAGAUGAAUGAGAAAGGGUAUGUUCCAGGUGGAAGUACCCUUUCAUCUAUCAGUUCUACCUUUGCUAGACCAGGAAAGAAGGCUGAUGCUCAGAGACUAUUAAAAGAACUGUACAUCAGCAAGAACGUAUGAGAGAUGGUCAUGGCUUAGCUAGUAUCUGGUUGCUUUUACACACACUACAGGUACAUUCUAUCCAUCAAACUUAUGACAGUCUCUUUCAGGGACCAGCAUUUACCUUGAUGCUGUCAAAUCUAUUGAUGAUAUUUUUAUACAUGUUUUUAUCGUGUCAUUUUCUUUUUCUUUUUUGUUGUUGUUUGCU